AAUAUAUCUUGAUUCCUUAACACAUUGAGUUUUCCACAUAAGAGAUGCAUGCGGCUGAUACAGUUCCCAUUGUCUGUACUACAGUCAUCCAUAGCAAGUUUAAUGGAAAUUUCCAGCCAAAAUAUGAAAAAUGGCGUGGUAUAGAUAUAUCAUCCGAUGCCAUUCAACCACUAGUUUGGUUUUAUGGAGGAACUUACAAGUCUUUGUAGAUGAGUGUUUCCAUAAUCCAAUUGGACCACUUGACCAUUUCCUUGUUCCCAAAUCUGUUUUCAGGAAGUCAUAGGCUAAAGGUAUGAGUUUUAAGGACGUUUUGUCGCUUUAUAUAAUAUAGAAUUUUAAAAAAAAAAAAUUAUAGGCCAGGAUAUACAUCAAAUAAUAUAAUAUACACUUUGAUCAAAAAUAAUAUAAUAUACACUAUAUAUGACUUCCCAACAUCUUUUAUAUGAUCUACAACUAAAAGUCUGCUCCAAACAAUCAGAGAUAAAAUCUAUUUCUUCAGCCAGGAAAAAAAAACUAAUCUCCAUUCCUCCUUGAUGGCUUUUGUAUUCUUCAAAAUUAUAUUAUUUGAAAAAAAAUAAGGCGUCCGAGAACAAGAAGCAACCUCGGUGUCUUCCCAGGAAGUAGCGCUCUGUUGAAUUCUAAACUUAUGAAGUCAAAACUUUAAAAAAUGCAUACUUUUCUUCUCCUUCAAGGUUCUCCACACCAUUAUAUAUUCCAACUCCAAGUUCACAAACUCUUCACAACAAAUUUCAUCAUUUCGAUUUGACUAGUGAAAAAAUAUAUAUACAAAAAAGGAAAAAGACUUUCUGCUAUAAUUACUCAGAAGCGUCUAACAGAAAAUUAUAAAUCAUGAUGAACAAAGUUGUUCUGAGUUCGAUUCUGUUUUUCAUGUUGGUGGGUUCGGUUCUUGUAGUGGAGGCUCGUCCCUUGGGUUUAACGAAGACCGAAGAGAAGCUAGUGGCUAAGUUCUUCGAUGGUUUAUCACUUGGAGCGAUCAAGGAAUCGGGUCCUAGCUCCGGUGGUGAGGGACAUAAGGUUUUGGAUCGGAGUGAGCCGCUUGUAUAUGUUAAGAAAUCCGGUCCCAGCCCGAGCGGACCGGGUCACUAACUAAGGAACCCGUGGUUCCAGAGUUCCUAUCGGACUGGUUAAAGUGGCCAGAUUACUUCUUUCGUUUCUUUUAUUUGUUAUAUUUUCAGAUAAGUUGUAGACUUGUAGGUAAGAAUUUUUCUUUACCUACCAUACAAUGAUGGAGGACAACAUUCUAGGAAAUCAAGAAUUAGUAGAACCUCAAUUUAUUCUCUGUUGGCUUUUUUGGAUUAUGGAAAUUAUUUUAAACAGUUUACAAUGUAAUAAAGUUCAUUGAUUAUUUUCACUGAUAUAAUAAAUUCAUUUAAAUUUA